GCCUGUGCGAACAGCUGAUCGGAGGAAAACAAACCUAGUCCCAGUGACCAUCGAGUCUUAGCUCAGACAGAUUGUCGUCGCCGUCGCCGUCACUUGGCCCAACGUCAUAAUGUCGUCCGAGACAGUCGCUGCAACUUCGUCGUCAGCCGCCCCGACCGUGGCCGAGAAACGUUGUGAGGAUUCCAAAGAGGAGGAGGUGGCUGCAAAGAAGCCUCGCCUGGAUUCCUGUGACCGAAACGACCAGGACAAUAAGUUGGAGGCGAGGCUGGGUGGCAUUUUGUGCUGCGCUGUCUGCCUCGACCUGCCUCGCUCCGCCGUGUACCAGUGUUCAAAUGGACACCUCAUGUGUGCUGGAUGCUUCACUCAUCUCCUGGCUGACGCCCGCAUCAGGGAUGAGACAGCCACCUGCCCCAACUGUCGAGUGGAAAUAUCUCGAUCACUUGCAACCAGGAAUCUGGCGGUAGAAAAGGCUGUUUCAGAGCUGCCUGCAGAAUGCCAGUUUUGUGGGCACAAGUACCCAAGGAAUUCUCUGGAUCGCCAUGAGAUGGAACUUUGUGAAGAAAGGCCUGUGCGCUGCCAAUACAAUGUGUUGGGCUGUGGUUGGCGUGGACCUCACCAUGACGUGGGAAGUCACGAGCAGCAAUGUCAGCAUCCUAAUCACACUGGUGCCCAGGUAUUUUCACAUCUUCAGAAACAGGCAGAGACUGUAGAAGAAGCUUCCAAGACCUUCAAUCAGAUCAUGUCGGUUCUUUCAUUUGAAAAAAUUACAUUCAAUGACUUGCAGCUAAAGCCAUAUCGAACUGAUGAAUUCAUCCACAAAUUGUUUUAUGAAACCAGUCGUUUUUCUGCUCUUGGAUACCAGUGGGUGAUAAAAGCCCGCCUGAAUGACAACCAAAAGGACCCUCACCUUACUUGUGAUCGUUUCAUUACCUAUCAGCUGAUUGUGAAAAGUAAACCCAACAAUCCUAUGAUGGUUCAUUUCAUGAUACUUCGCGGUCCUUUUGGGGACAUGAGAGUCGACCCACACAUUUACCAGUUUGAAUUCACAGAAAAUGGAACAGAAAGUCCUUUCUUUGCCCUUCCACUGCCUGACAGUGCCGAGUGUAAUAAGCUCCUUGCUGCUCGUACUAUAGACUUCAGGUUGAUGAUGGGGCUUGUGACGAAGUAACUUUUUUAUGUCUAUGAAAGACUGCCUUCAACCAAUGCAAAAUCGCUGCUGCCAGGAUUUCUAGUUAAAUCAUGAGGCAAUCAUCUCUCUCAGUCAUUAAGGUAUUUUUAUGUAGCCAUUGUGUUACAUAGCUUCAUUAAAAUUUGCCAGCUUUUAGGAGUGUUAUACAGCACUGUUAUUCUUUCUUGAUAGAGUACAGGACAGACUAAGUGGUUUUUAUUAAUCUGUACAUAAGAUUGUGAUUAACAUUUUCAGAAAAGCUUUUCCAAGUGACUCGUUGAUAGAUAUGUCAAAGAAUUCCAGUUAAGAGGAGUUUGGAUGUGUUUGAAAAAAAAAAAAAAAAAAAGACAUAACCUUAAUGAUGUAAAGAUAUGAAAUAUAUGAAGAUAUUUUUUGUACAUUACAAUUUAGCUUGGAUGGAUAGAGCAGUAAUUCAUUUCUCACUUCAGUUAAGGAAUACAUAUAAAUAAUAAUCCCAAAUUUUCUUUAAGACUUUAAUUCCAUUGCAUUUAUUUAGCACUUCAAACAUUUUAGCUGUUCUGUAAAGUAGGUUAUGUGAUGAUACCUUUAUGGCAAUAACUUGGGCGCAUUCUGUAUCACUGAAUCUUUUGAAUGUUGAGUGUCUUUUGAAGAAGAACUGGCAUUAAAAUACAAGCUACAGAAUUGUACAUAAUAGAUAAGACUUCACUGGAACCAGGAGAACACAAGCAGUGGUACUAUGUGGUACAUCAUCUGGCAUUUUUAAGUACCUUGCUCAACACAUUUAACACCAAGUGGCAUAUGGUUUUUAUAUGAUUAUGUAAAAUUCAAGUUGUCUAUCUUUUGUACUUUAAAGAACAUAAUGAUGUCAGUAUUAAAUUUGUACAUUGGCUAUAUAUAGGCUUGUGUGAAGUUUGGUGGCAAUAUAUUAAAAUAUGCCAAAAAAUGUGCUUGUGUGACAAGUUCUCAAGGUGCAGUAGUUAUUUAGUUUACAGUAGAUUAAUUUCAGAUUAUAUAUAUAUAGGUAAAACUGAUUAGUUUUGGCUUGCCAUUAAUUUGUUGGCAAUAGUAUUUAAUUUCCUGAAAAUAAAAGCUUCAUGUUUGAAGUUUUCAAAUUGUAAUAUAAAAACUGUAAAAUUCAUGGUAACUAACUGAGUUUUAACCUUAGAGGUCAUAUGUUUGAUCAAUCACUGGAAGAUCUUGUGCAGUGACCUAUACUAAUAGGACUGAAGUCUUCAUAUCUGAAGUUGAGAGAAAAAGUCAUGGAAAGGAAUGCCAUAUAUCUCUCAAACCCCACGUGAACACUAGAAACAAAGCCAUUGUAGUAUAACUUUGAUAAAUGUUUUUUGUAAUUAGUUAACUUUGUAGUUUACUUUGGGUCAUAUGUGUAGUUCAUCACUUAGUGAAGUUGGUAGGUUUUGAAACUGUGGCAUUUAUUUGUUAAAUAUAAAGAGCACUCCUGGGAUGGCUGAAAAUAUUAUAUCCCUAGGGUUGAGAGUAAGAAGCUUACUGAAGAGUCUGAAAUCUUUCAAGUAAAAAGACAUCAACAAAUUUACAUAAAAUUUACAUUUACAGCUAUUUGGUACAUAUGGCUUUAAUUGUACAUAAUAGCUAGAAUCUGUGUUGAUGUUAAAGUUUUAGUUACUGUAUUUACACAAAUAUGAUGUUGGUAAUAGGAAAGUUGAACCAGUUUAAAGGAAUAACAUUGGAAAAUGUAGACUAAAAUUUGUGAAACACCUUUAUUAUGAAGGUGGGCGUCAUUUUCCAUUACAAGGCUGUAGAGAGAACUGACUUUGUUAAAGGUGAAGGAAGUUUCUACAGAAAACGAACAUGAACAGUGGCAAUACACUUGUAAAUCUAUAGAAAUAUAUACAUAUUUAGAAUUACAUAAAUGUCAAUUUGACAAUAUGAGUAUAAGGAAUUCACACACUACUGCCAUGGACAUUGAUGAUCGUAUUGUGAUUUGUGUUUAAAAUAUGCUGAAUAGCUGCUGUAUAACAUAGAAGGCCAUAGGUUUCUGAUUCUUAUGUAACAAUUUUAUCAUCGUUGAGUACGAGUUACAGAAUAUUCUUAUCAUUACAAAAUUAAGUUCAUAGUAGUGCAGAUCGAAUUCUUAUCUUGUUUGAGAUUUUAUUUUAUAUUAAGGUUUGUUUCCACUAUCCAGAAUUAAGGAUGGUUUUCAAUUUAUUAUCCUAUGGAUACUGUCAAUAUAACACUGAGAACUCGUUUUGAUUAGAGUAGAAAACUUUGCUGGUCACUUGAUGCAUAAUUAAAUGUUGAAUAGUGUAUAUCAUAACUCCGUGAAAACGAUAAAUUUUUUAGAUAACUUAAAUGAUUCUCAAAAGUCCUUUGUGAAUUCUGAUUAGGUUUCAGUUCAGUCGGGCCCCUUUUAUUUCCAGGGGGGAGUGGGGGCACACACACACACACACACACAAAAGCUAAAUCUGUGAAUAUUUGACACCCCUUUAAAAAUGCUUAUAACUGCCUAUUUUGAUAGUUUAAGCACAAGACACCCCUCUGAAAACGCUUAUACCCGAGUAUUUUAAGUUUUAUUGGAAAAAAAUGCAUUUAGUCAUGAAAAUUACAUGAAAAUACAGUAGUUAGUGAAUAUUUCUGUAUGAAACAUACUGUGAAUGGGUGAAUUUUGUGCAAACGUGGAUGUAUGUUCCACAAAAAUCUGCAAAUGGGUGAAACCAUGAAUCCAAAACUGUAGUCCUAAAUAUCUGAAAAUUUUUUAUGUGAAGUUAGUGGGUAACUUACUGUCUAAACAUCAUUAUGGCUUUGCCUCAAUAGUCUACAAUAUAAAUGCUAGAUGAUUUAGGUGAGGAAAAAGAAUUUAGGUGUAUUAACUCAUUUUGAGAAGUGAAAGUCCUCUUGGCAAGCUUUUGCACUUUUAUGACAGGAGGACACUAAAAAAGUUAAUCCUGGUACUUAACUGACAAGUGUUCAGUCAAUUCCAAAGGUAAUUAGGAGUACCUUAGACAUAGAUCUAGGCAUAUGGAGUGAACGUUAACUCCCCCACUGAAAUUUUCACACAUAAAGGAAAAUAAAAAGUAUAGUAAAAAAAAUGUUUGGUAAGAUUAGGACACUAUCUAAAACAUAGCACCGGUGAUUGGCAUCAAGGAUACCUCUCGGACAGAAAAGGCACAAGAGUUUAAAAUCCCUUCAAAUAGAAGGAAAAACUUCACUCGCAAAUCUCAGACGAGAAGGCUUGGCAAAGACACCUAUUAGCUGGACUAAUUGCUAGUCUAUACAGCAAGGUAUGACAAACACUCCUAUUUGCUGAAGACUACAGUUCUAAUAUUUAUGGGUGACUUUGUAUGCAUAUAAAGUCCCCAUAGCUACCAAGAAGGAAACAGAAAUAACUCAUUGGGGAUGCUAUCACUGGUACUUAGAUUAUUAUCAAGACUUAAGACUGAAUCAAACAUAGCUAGUUGGAUAUUAGGGGCUUUCAGAUGAGGGUUUAGGUUCAGAACAGACUAUUACAAAAAAAAUUUUAAGAUGUAAGAAAGAACACGUGCCACUCAAUAUAGCAAACACUUAGAUGCAUAAUACUGAGAAAAUACCACUUUCAUGCCUUUUAAAUUACAUACCUAAUAAACCUUGACUUGGGGAAUGCAGUAGCCAUGCUCACACUUGCAAAGUUGCCUUAAGUAUGGGUCAAAUUUUCCCCUUUUCAUAAUCACAGAUAUCCGGGAUAGCUACAAUAUUAUUAUAGAGUAUAUGUGAAUUUCUAACAGACUACUUAAUGAAGAAUUUGAAGAAUGAUAGUAUUUAUAUCUAACUGACAGUCUAAUUGACAACUAUAACAGAUGGCUUAGGCAAAUUAGGAACCAGUUAUUCAGUGUGAUCAUAUGGGAAAAUAUUUCUAAAUUUUAAGAAUGUGAUGGUUGCCAAAUGUUAUAAGACUCAAUGGUUGCAGGUAUGCUGUUUCAUGACUGAUGUUACUGUGUAAAUAAAUGUUGUAAACAAGAUUCCAGAAACUAUAAUAAUAAUAAUGGAAGAGACAAAAAAUACAUAAAAAUUGUAAACUGCUAUUUUUACACUAGUUACAUUGCAGCAGACAACAGAAAAUGAUACAUUGUUUCGUGUUCAUAUUUUAUAAGUGAGCUUGUUAUGUUUUAAAUUAUUUGUAUUUUAUUUCAUUUAUUGUAAUAAAUGCUGCCAGGUUUAAAUUAUUUGUAUUCUAUUUCAGUAAAUGUAAUAAAUGUUGCCAAGUUUU